AUGUUGGCCGAUUUAUAUAGGAGCCAUGCUCUUUUUGAUAUACGGCACUUCUUGACACCUGGUGAAGAGAUAACAUGCUUGGAUGGAAGUCUUAAAUCUUUGGCUGUUGGUACGAGCCACGGCCGACUUAUGUUCCUGAAUGCGAUGGACAGCUCUGAAUCUACGAAUGUACCAGUAGUCGUUUCGGAUAUGUGCUACCGUUUUGUCGAUUUACCUCCAAACGUCCCAGUUAAGCAGUUAAUCCACGCAUCAGCGUUCGAUUAUGUGUUGGCUUUAGUUGCCUCGAAAUUAUAUCUUGUAGAAAAGAAGAACCAAAAGGUUCACUGUGGUUCUCUGAGUACACUGGUGACAGCAAUUGCUCUAAAUACGAAUCCGACUGUUGAUAGUCCAUUUGUUCUGCAGUUUGCAGCGUCAAGUAAUGAUAAGCAAAUUAUAAUAUAUAAUUUACAAGGAAAAGAAUUGAAUGUUGAAGCAAAAGUUGAUAUCUUCGGAAAUGCAUUGUGCUUAUGCUACUGCCGUCGAUGUAUAUGCUUUGCCACUUCGAGUUCUUAUUUUGUUCAUGAUUUGAACUCCGGCAAAACGCGUACACUUUUUCCUUACGAUAUUGUCACAACAAUACCAAUUGUGACGAAUGUUGGUGUGGUCAGUUCCUUAUUGACUUGUUAUUUUUAUAGCAUUGGUGAAACAGCAGAUGAAUUUUUGUUGAAUGGGAUGCAAGGUCUUGGUGUAUUUGCAACUGUGAGUGGAGCCUCAUCUCGGCCUCCAAUAGCUUGGGGAAGCGAGAAGAUUAUUUCUGUUAUAUCAUUUCAUACUGUUCUCACCAGUCCAUUUAGAUGUUAUGAAGGAAUUCGAGAAGUUCAAAGAAUGACGCUUGAUCACGGAACUUUUCUUUAUAAUUUGGAUGGUCAAAUUGUUUUCUCCCAUUCUAAUCAGUUCUGUUUGCUUCAACAGAUUCACUGGUUUGAAAGGGCAGAAGAGGCUCUCGCUAGUGGAGAUGCUGAAGGAGCUUUACGUAUUGCGCAAGACGCGUGUAUCAUAUAUUAUAAAAGAUUAAUGCCUUUGCCUUCUGGUUUCGCGGUUCCCUCCCCAGAACCGCGCGCUGUGAAUGAUUUACCCCUAGAGCAGGAACACCUGAGCUUUCUGGAACAGUACCUAAGCGAUGUUAGAAAUUGCGACUGGAAAAAAGACGUUAUUAGAGAUAUUGACGCGAUUUUGUUCCGCGUAAUGGCAUUACAAGGCAGAAGUUAUGAUUUUGGCGGUUUCAAAGAACUUAGAUGUUCCUUUGAGGACGGAAAAGCUUGGUUGACUGAAAAUGGUUUAUUCGAUUAUUGUUUAUUACUUGCAAUUACUGUUGAAGAGUUUGAAGAAGCUCUCAAGAUGGCGAAGAAAGCAUUAAUUCAGGGCCGUAUUGACGAACCGCUACUACAGUAUUAUAUAGAAAACAUUGAAAAGAUUCCGAAGGAAGAGCUGCUUUUGGAUACUCUAAAAUUCCUUAUAAAACUCAGCCCCAGAACAGUGCUACAGUAUGGAUCUCAAGCUGUUUUGAAACAGUUUCGUCAUCAAAUAGUGUCUUACCUUGAGAACGACUCUUCAAAUCUCAUUUCCUUUCUUGAAAAAUGGCUACCGUUAGAAGAAAAAGAGUUGAAUGAAAAAUUGAUAAAACUAUAUAUCCGUGAUUUAACCUCAGCUUCGCCUGAUGUCGCUACCGGACAGGAUUUAAAACGUAAUCGUCUGCGCACAAUUCUCUUACAGUCUAACGUCUAUAACGAGUCAGCAAUACUAGAAGAGCUACAGAAACACCGUUCCUUAAACGUGGAGACCCUUUUUAUUAAGGCUAAGAAGGUCCCUGAUAGAGAAAAGUGUUUGGAAGAGCUUAUGGCGAAUUACAAAGAUUAUGAUGCUGCAGAAACCCUUUGUACUCAUUUUGGUGGAGAGUGUUUAAAUCUCUAUCGCAUACUUCUCAAAUUUUACAUUCGUGCAGCCAGCGAGCAACCAGAAUUCAAGUCACGAAUUAGGAGUCUACUAAAUGCAAUGAGCCCAUCUUCAACAGAUGACCUCAUUGAAAUUCUCCAUGAAGUUCCUGACGACUGGUUAGUCGAAGACUUGGCCACUUUUACGGGGAAGUUGGUUCUCAGCAUGGAACGUCGUCUCAAACAAAGCCGUUUGAAAGAUGCGGUACUGUCUGUUACUACGAGACAGCUCUCUCAAAAACUGGCUGAGAAAUCCUUAAAGUCCGUAACUAUUGAUGAACAAACAAUCUGCUACGCCUGUGGCAAGCAGGUAGCCCCAGAUGACGUGCGAUUUAACCUUAAUUCAGGAUCUGUCACUCAUAUGGACUGUAAAUAAAG